AUGGACUCUCUCAGUGCCAACAAACUGAUGUUCAAUGGUCUUUCAUCUAGUGCUCUUUCAUCCUCCGCCUCAUUGGUAUCGUUGGCCAGUGAGAAAGUUGAUGUUGAAAUUGAAAAUUCCCCAGAACCAAUGGAGCUAGGCAGGGAUGUCACCGGUGAUCUGAUGAAAGAGACUUUUGAUCGUGAUAUGGAUCACGAGUCAAAUGAAGAAGCUAUGGAAGAUACAGAAGGCGAGUAUCGCUUGAGAUCAGAGAUGGAGUCUAACAGUCCUCCAACGGAGUCAGAGUCUCCAAGCGGACUUGUGACGCCUGCUGCAGUUCCUGAUCCUGAAUGCCUAGCUGGCUAUCUCACUGAAAGACCUCCGGUGCUCUACAGUUUUGGCUACCAUUAUGAAGGACGCGAUCAGCUCACAAAUCAUUGUGACCCGACAUACAUGAAGUUGCAUCGUGCUCGAGAGAGAAUUGGUAAAUGCUUACAUGGAUUGAUCAAAUGCCUAAUGCAACAAGACGGUGCUGUUGAGCUCUGUCAACAAGUUGUACACUGUAUUAAAUGUUGGCUAGAAAACUGUGGUAAUUUUGGAUCCAAGAACCCCAUUUUCAUUGACCACAUCCAUUUAGUGGACCUUUUGAACAUUCCGCAUGUGAACUCACCGUACACAAGAACGGUUAUUGGUGCCCGUUUGGCUAUUUACCAUUGCAACAGAUUGUCAAUCUCGCGUUCUUCAAGGCUUCCAGGUGAUACGGACAAGCUGUUGAUCAAAGAUCUUGUUUCCUUGGCUGCUAGCAGGUACAAUGAAACUGCGCAAAAUGCUACCAUGGUUCUAGGUUCGGCACUCAACAAGAUAUUAAAUUGUACAAACCUCGUUUAUGGUAUUUUCAAAGAGUGGGAAGUGGCGUUGCUCAAUGAGGACAGAGAGAGGCUCAAAAAUGUGAUGAGGUUCUUUUUAGUUAAGAAGUUCAAAGGUUUUGCAGAACGAAGCCUCCACAAUUUCGCAAAAUAUGAAGAUCUUUUGGCUCGUUCGUUGGAAGUCAAUGAUUCAGAGGUCAACUCGUUGGCAAUGAAGCUUUAUGGUUCCAUGAAAGACCAUAUUCUGGUGCCAAGUAUUGUGUGCAUGAUCGACCAUAGCUUGGUUGAUUCAAUAAAGCCGGCCUCUUCAACAGUUUCACUUCAAGUGAAAGCUUUGAGAUGGGCCAAGGAUCGCAAGAGACAUUUGAUUAUGGACCGCCUCAGACGUUUGGAGCUCUCCGUUCUCAAGCGUUCUCAAGCGGAACUCCAUUGGAAAUUUAGACUCAAAGUUCUGGAGCUGCUAGCUGACGUGCAGUCGAACCUUGAAAUUCCUUUGGACAGUGAGAUUCUUGUUCUUCUUGGGAGGUCGAUCAAUGGAGUUCAUCCAGAAAUCACCGAAGACUGCGUUCUUUGGCUAUCUUCUAUUCUCGAUGCGACACGGACACGGGCAACGAUCAAUUAUGACUUGAAGCGAUUUUUCUCCCCCUCAUUCCGUUUGGCUAACGUUUGCGCUGUUUCUGAUAUUAUUGGCAUGGAUCGACCAGAGGAAUUUUUCAAGGAAAUGUCAAACUUUAGAGAUCCAAGGUUCUUUAUUGAUAACAAACUUUGGAUAUCCACUUUGUGCUGGAAUGAUGAAAUGGAAGUUGUCAAGAAUGAGUCUGUCGAAUCGUUGAACCUCAAUCCGCAAGACUCUGCGACAAUCAAGGCCUUUGGCGAGCUGGUCACUAAACAGUGGAUCCUGGAAAUUCUGAAGUUGCACAUGGAUGAAGGAGAAGCAAACGCAGAGUUCCAGCCCGACCUGGUUUAUUUCUUCUAUUUGAUUAUCGUCAUAUCUUCAUAUGGCUACACACCCAACAUGAAAUACCCAGAAUGGUUUGAAGUUUGUGAUGAGAUCUACAACAAAGAAGAGAAACAAUCCCAUGUGGCACUAAGUGAAGUGUAUUGUGCUUUGCUGCUAGCCAACAAAUACAACUCCAAACACCUGGAGGAAACUGAUCAGGUAAUUUCGGCAAAGCUAGCUGAGAUUUUCAAGACUGGCAUCACCCAGUCCACGCACAAAAUCUGGAAAGUGUUUUGCUGGUGGCUGCCUGCUCAUUUUGAUUGCCGUCGGGCCCCUAAAGUUGUCUCUGUCAUAUGCGACUUUGAGGUUCCUUUAUCGGGUGACACUUCCCCAUUCAAUAUUUCGUCCAGAAUCGGAUUCCUUAAGUCGUACAUGUCUUCUGUGUUGAACCGCUACCACGACUUUGACGAAGUCACUCGGAGAUUUUUUGGUUCGCUAUCGCAUCCAUACCAAAUUGUUUCCGAAAGAUCUGCGGCUAUCCUGUUCGACGCAUUAUCAUACACUUCCAUCAAAUUGUUCAACAAUAAGGAAAAACUGUUGGAAGCAUCUUCCCAAAAUCCAAAUGGAAUGGGCCUUUUACCCUUCGAAAUGCCUCCUGUGUUUGCCGAGUGUCUAACUUCAUAUCUCGAAAGAGUAAAACAACUAAGCACCACGAUCAAAGGUCUUUCUACUCAGGAAAUUGUGGAUUCAGAUUACAUGUUUCAUGUUCGUGGGCUACAUACACUGCUACUGUAUGUUCUGAAGACUUCCUACGGAGUCUUGCUUGUUCCAUACCUCAAAGACUACAUUCUACCUCAUCUUUUUGAACUCGAUACUAUGAAAGAUGUAUGUCAGUUGGCCCAUCUCAACACAAACGUGAUGUACUUCUUGAUUGCAUCUAUUCGUUAUGAUGAAGAACAGACCAAAAUGUUUAUUGAUUUGAUUGUGAACGACUUUGGUUUGGAGCAUCCAAAUAUGGUGCAGAAAGAGCAUUUGUUGACAAUCGUUCAGAGCUACUACACAGUUCGGUAUCUCACCAUUACCUCUGACCAACGGGCUCUACUAGUUGAGAAGGUUGUCUCAUUCUUGUAUUCAAAUCCUGUAUCGGUGAAAGAACAGGCUGCCGCUGUGUUCUCUGCCAUUGUGCAUGGUUCGAUGGCUUUCGAGAUGCAACCAUUGAUUGAUAGUUACAUUUCCAAGUUUACAAAGAUUAUCAACACACACCGUCGUGUGAAGGGUAAGAAAUUGACUGCUGACGAACUUAAUCUAGUCCAUGGUGCCACGCUAGGUUUGGGAGCCUUACUUAACGCAUUCCCCUACACCUCGCCUCCUCCCAAGUGGCUGCCGAAUAUCCUCUGGCUAGUGGCAGGAAGGUGUUCUAGCUAUGAGGGUGUUAUCUCAAGAACCGCCAAGACCAUUUUGUCUAAGUUCAAAAAGAACCGUCAAGACACAUGGCACAUUGAUUCAAAAUUCUUUACCGAUGAUCAACUGGAGGAACUCGAGGGUGUUUCGGGCAAAUCGUAUUAUUUAUAG